UUGCAUGCCAGAGUGAGAAGUGAGGACUGAUUCACGAGAUGAGCAGUGGCUGGCCGCCUGCAUGCACUGCGAGCUGGAAGCUUCACUCCCGCUGCCAGACUCCCCAGUAACAACUUCGGAACCGACCUCCUUUGUUAAAAAGUGCUGCAUCUCUCUCUCUCUCUCUCUCUCUCUAGCCCUCUCUCUCUCACUCACUGUCUCUCUCUCUCUCUCUCCCCAUUUCAUCUUCUUCUUCGAUCAUUUGCAUAGAGGAUGUGACAGGGUUUUUCUCUUCGCCGUUGCCAGUUCCCCUGAAAAGACGAAAUCAACAACAAAACCUAAAAGGGAAGGAGAAGCAAAGUCGUGACAAAGGCGAGAGUAGCAGUGGACGGGGUUCACGUUGUGACACUCUGCCACAAUGCGUUGCCGGGCUCCGUCACGCUCUCAGCAGUCCCGGGCCAGUCACCGGAAGGCCAUGUGACCCAGAGGAGGACUGAGUGGCUCAACUCGCCAGCAUGACCCAGCGGCACCGGUUACUGGGGACCAUUCAUGGAACAGUUUCAGCACACAGUAACAAAAGGGCAAUCAUUCACCUGCACCAGGUCUCUCGGUAAUUAGCAUCUCUAGCCAAUAAUGUGAAAGGAGUGUUGUUGCCAUGGAGACGAGCAAGCAAGGCUUUGUUGAAGCUACAGCUCCCUACAGCGUAGUGUCAGCACAGAGGGAGGACACAAUGCACGGCGUUCAGACCACCCUCCCGACGGUGUAUUUCCACACGCUGGGGGGGCUACCGCUGUAUGCACAGCCGAAGCCCUCCGGUGCUCAGGACCCGCUGGCAUUUCCUCUGUCAGUUUCCCAGCCGAGCCCCAAACAAGCCCUCUCCCUUCUGACGCUCCACGUUGCUGGCGGGGUGCACCUCCAACAGUCUGGUCAGAAGCCAGGGGUCACAGCUCUAGCAGUCAGGCCCAAGUCGGCAGGGAAGCACAUGUGUUCCUACUGUGGGCGCGACUGCCUGAAACCCAGCGUCCUGGAGAAGCACUUGCGCUGCCACACCGGAGAGCGGCCGUACCCCUGCACUACCUGCGGCGUGGCCUUCAAGACACAGAGCAACCUCUACAAGCACAAGCGCACCCAGGCGCAUGCUCGACUCUCCUCCGACUCCUCAGAGAGGGACAGCCUCACCAGCCAAGAGAGCGUGCAGGGCUCCAGAGAUGUCUGCUGGAGCAUGUCCUCGCUCGAAGGGCAGUGUGAGGGCUCCAGUAGCCUGGAGAAGGACGUCAGUGUCCCUGUGACUAACUCCAGCUCCACAACCAGCAUGGUCCAGGUCUCUCCUGGGCAGACUGGACAUGACACUGGAUGGGGUCUCCAGAACGCUGCUGCUGUGGGGCUCAUUCUCGUCCCUGCGAAUGGAAACCAGGAGCCACAUAAUUCCGCGGUCCAAAGUACCGCGCACUGUGUACCUCAUGCGACACAGCAAAAACAUGAACAAGGCGAACACCCGGCGCCUCCUGUACCAGCCCGUCAUCUUUCGCUUCAAAGACAGGAGGCUACGUUUUUCUCCAAGCAGUGGGACUCUCGUAUGUCUGGAGGAAAGUCUCAAAACCACGACAGCACUGACUCCGGCUUCUCUGAGAGCAGUGAGCAGCACUGGAGCCCCAGCCCCAGCGGUACUCUGCACGACCACAGCAUGGAGUCCUUAGCUGAAUUCGGCACUGAAGAGCAAGACGAACUCAGAGCUCCACAGAGCAACACCAACUCUGGGGCCACCACCGGCAAGGGCGCCAAGAACAGGGUUUCCCUGCUGGAGAAAAGGAAACUAGAGGAACGUAUCUGCAAACUUAUAUCAGAAAAUGAUGCGCUUGUAGAUAAUAAUAAUAAGCACUUAGAGAAUGUAAGGCCUCGGAAGACAAUGCCAUCGAAACAAGGCAGCAUUGACCUUCCCAUGCCAUACACAUACAAAGACUCAUUCCAUUUUGAAAUGAAGAGCAGUAGACACAGUAUCCCAAACACAGACUGGCAGAACUCAGAGAAGCAAUUGAAGCAGGCUUUGUACAGCUCAGUCCCUACCCAACGAUCCCUGAGCUUGGAGCAUGCACCUUUGGUGAGGAGCAGCUCUCUUCCCUUUAACGUAGGUAGCUCAGGCUUUGAGAGAGCCAGUACACAUGGUUCUUACCAAGCAGAGAGUACUCAGCAGAGUGGACGAAACAGGAUGGGGCAGGUGUAUCCAGGGGACUUGCUUAUGAGGUCCAUGGACCAGCCAACCCCACACCACAGAUCUUUGGUAAGGCAGAAGGCUGUUGACGGGUUACCUGCAGCUGAUUUCCCUAAUUUGCCAUCUUCUGAGGAGCACUUUUCCAGUGGCUUUGGUGGAGAAGGGAAUUCUGUAGAGCCAACAGGUGAGGCAAGUGGUGGAAAAUUCCGGCGAAAAAAGCUGCCGAAGUUUUCCUACAACAAAUGGUACAUGUAUGGAGAUGGUACCUUCAGGAAGCUUUGCAAUAUGGAAAAAGGCUCAGAUAGAAAUGCCUUUAGAGCAAAGAAGUCUGGGAAUAGCAUGGAACAGGAUAAGGGACAGGAGAUCCACAGUAAGAACACAGGCUCUUUUAGAGAAACUCAAAACUCAGGGAUAUCUACCCCAGAUCUCAAAUCGGAUGCCAACAACAUGGAUUCUGCAUGCAACCCAUCUCAAGUUCCUCCACAUCUUCCCCCUAGUGGCUGUGUUACCUUAGACCAAGCAGCUAGCAAUCCUGAUGCAUCAAAUGCAUUUCUCCAAAAGCGAAUUCUGAGGAAUCCCACAGUCUCAACACAGCAGAGUGUAACCAAGCAGAGCAAUAUCCAGACCUUAAGCAACAAAAAUGACAGGGGGGUGAAAGAGCUUGAUUUGGAAGAAGAGAAUUCAGAAGCUCCCUCUUCAUCCUCCCAAGGAGGAAGUCAUCUUCCCUCAGAAAGGAAGAAACAGAGGACAGAUGAGAACAUAUGUAUGCCGGUUGAGAAGACGGAUGUAGUUACCACCUCACUCUGUGCCAAAAGUAAAGAGGAAGAAACUCAAAAUCAGUGGCUCCCAUUUAUUAGUGACCACACUACUGAGAAGUAUACCAACAUCCCAGAGUAUACCAAGAGUAUACCAGAGUAUACCAACAUCCCAGAACAGAAAAAUACUGUGAUGUCAAAGGAUAAAAUUAUGGAUUUCAAAACCUCCCCUUUUGACCACCAGCUGAAUCACAAAAAUAUUCAGCUCCAAGGAUAUGAGUCUUCACCAUCCCAAGAGAAUGUUCGUAGAUUAUCUGCCCUGACAAAAUCCAGUUUCCUACCAAAAUACCAGCUAAAACUGCCACAGUCAAGUGACUUAAUGACAUCAGCCUCUUGUCUCACAGGUAUGGAGCAAAGUUUACCUUCGACACAGAACCAACAGGUAACAGAGAAACCUUUUUCCUCAAACACCCCAAUGACAGGAGAGGGACAAACGUUUGCACCAAUUAUAGCUUCAUUAGAGACACAUAUAGACAAGCCAUCAGGCACUGCUGUAAACAGGCAGUCACCUCCCACUUCAGCAAGUUCAACAACCUCAGUUAUAGGAAAUGACCAUAUUACUGCAGUCACUCCUAUCUCUGCUCAUUCCAAAGAUAGCUACUUAAGUCCCUCCUCUCAGAUCAUGCAAUAUAAGGGAAAAAUGACUUUAUUAAAUAGUGCGAAACCUAAUGCUGCUGAAAGCAAAGGUCAUGACAGAGAACAGGCUGGGGACAUACAUAUAUUUCUUGAAAUUUUUUCUGGAGAACAACUGUCAGUCACAGAAACUCAACGAGAGUCUAAACAGGAAGCUGUGUAUAGAAAGGAUAUUUUGCAAGAUAUGAACUCUCCUAGUACAUCUGCAGGCAUUCAAAUGCUUUGUGCAACACAAAAGCCACAGGAAAGAAUGGCUGCUGAAGUGCAACCUCCUGUCUCUACUGCAGAGAAAACUACUAAAGAAAUAGUACCAAGUGGUGAGGCGCCCAGUAUGCCAUUGAGCUGCCUCUCUUCUGACUGGGGGGGCGUGUUUCGUACAAAGCAACACAGAUACCCUGAUGAGCCUUCACAGAGAAGCUCAGUGCAUUCAGACCUCAGUGUCAUACCUCUACGGUCUUGCACAAAUCACUUCACUCAAAGAGACAAUGCUGAGAGAUUGCAAAACAAAGAACAUUCCAGUUCAAACCUGGACGAAACCAGCACUGCAAACCAAGAGGCCUCGAUGCAGAAACAUGGAAGGUGCGUCAGCUGCACAGAUGCUCAGUCAUUGAAUCCUCACAUUUGUCCAUUUCAAGAAGAUGUAGGGCAGAUAUCCAGUGUUUCCUUGGAGACAUGUGCUGCAGACAAGCCGUCAGAGGGUGUGAUUGAAACCGCAGAAGCAGCUGAACAACUGCCUGUCUGUCGGCAGGAUGCUCCAUCUCUACCAACUCCAGUAUCUGUUCCAGGAGACAGGAAGGUCGGACCGUAUUCGCCCCGCAAUCACAAAUCAUCCAGUGUGAAAGCUCUGCGGCAGGCACACGUAAAUGCCCCACAAAAGCUUUUUACAAGCGAUGAAGCUACUGAAUCAUCUGGAGGAUCCAGUCCUGGUCCAGCUUCAGUACAGCAGCAGCACCGGUUCAGAGAAAUGGCUUCAGCGCUGCAGAACACAGUACGUGCUACCAUCGCACCUUUACAGUUGAUCGACGCCAAAAAACCGUCUCCCUCCCAGUGCCAGGAGCAGAAAAUGUUUACCUGUGAAUCCCAACAUCCACUUUCACCACCGCACGCCUCUCCUAGUAUAAUUCUUCCAUUACACCAAACAACAUGGAGCCAGUCUCCUGAUGCAGCGCUAACAAGCCAAGAAGGUCUCGAUUUGGCCAAGAAAAGAGGUACUAGAGAUGGACAGCAAACUCUGAAGAUCCCCACAGACUCAUCCAUCAGCAGCUCUGAUGUUAAAGCUCUGGUUGGAGUUACGCCUGAGACUUAUCAUUGCAAUGCCUGGUCCUCACAAUAUGAGGAGAAAGAAAUAUUUUUGUUAGGUCCUAAUUCUGCUGGCUCGGGUGUAACAAAAUCUGGAGAAAAGCCCCAGCUUUUCAGUCCAAAUGAGAAGCUAAAGGUGUCACAGCAUGAUGUUGCAGAAACAGGGUCAUCAGUCCUUGCUCCUCUAAGUGUUUCAGCAGCACAGAGGGAUGAAAAAGACCUAGACGACCAAAAUGCUUUUUCACAUUGUACUUUGACUGGGAUGUUUUCUCAGGCUUCUUCCAAAACCCUGCCAACAUUCCGCCAACAAGUGAUGGACCCAGGAACAUCCCACGUCCAACAGAAACAUACCCCAGCAGCUAACAUGCAUGUGUCUCCCCCUGCGACAACAGAGACUGUCUCAAGGAGUCUGUUAGUCCACGUCGUCGCCCAGAACGAUAUACUCAGUGAAGGACUGCCAUUUCAUGUCGGAAAUAUAAAUAGUGCAUGUGAAAAUGAUGGAAUUACUCUCAGUCGAACGCAACCAGAACAGCACAGAGAAGCUUCACCGGUUUCUCUCUCACUUACCUGCACAGAUAAACACAAACUCCAUCGUAAUUCAGCAACCUGUGCUGGCACCACUACUGGGUCAUCGCGGGCAGACAAGCCCCAGCCAAUGGCAAUUGUUCCCGUGACUUCAGACGUACACUGUCAGACAAAACCUGAGCCUUCAGACUCACAGCCAACCCAUUCUGUAGGUACUAGUCUUUGCACAAAAAGCAUGGUGAUGGUCACCAGCAGUAUCUCUCAGGAUCGCUCUGCAUCGCAAGGCACGGACCACAACAGCCUGGGGGGCGUCCGGGAAGAUGCAGCAGCAGCAGAGGCCUGCUACGCCUCCAACGCUUUCCCUACACUAGAAAACCCGCCUGCCGAUACAGGUGUCUACAGACAUGUGGACGUGUGCAUCACCAGCCAUGAUCCAGCUGCAGCAGGACUCCUCAGUGGCGUGGACCUGCGGGCGAAGCACGCAGCCCAGGGUAACGGAGAGGCGAGGGGGCAGCAGAGGCAGCUGGAGGGAGGAGAGGAGAGGGAGACGAAAAGCGGAGGGAGGGGACUGCAAGAUGGGGGCAACCUUGACGCCUCGCCCACACCAGGGCUGAAGCAAGGAGGCCCCACAGAAGGGCUGGGUGUUGAGAGAGACGCAGGUGCUAAUGAAACCAGCUGGUGCGGAAGCCUCUCCCUUCAGCCAGGGGUCACCGCCCGUCAGACACCCACCCCGGAUACGGCAGUCCUGAUAGGCCAGCUUCAGCCAGGGGUCACCGCCCAUCAGACACCCACCCCGGAUACGGCAGUCCUGAUAGGCCAGCUUCAGCCAGGGGUCACCACCCGUCAGACACCCACCCCGGAUACGGCAGUCCUGAUAGGCCAGCUUCAGCCAGGGGUCACCGCCCGUCAGACACCCACCCUGGAUACGGCAGUCCUGAUAGGCCAGCUUCAGCCAGGGGUCACCGCCCGUCAGACACCCACCCCGGAUACGGCAGUCCUGAUAGGCCAGCUUCAGCCAGGGGUCACCGCCCAUCAGACACCCACCCCGGAUACGGCAGUCCUGAUAGGCCAGCUUCAGCCAGGGGUCACCACCCGUCAGACACCCACCCCGGAUACGGCAGUCCUGAUAGGCCAGCUUCAGCCUGGGGUCACCGCCGGUCAGACACCCACCCCGGAUACGGCAGUCCUGAUAGGCCAGCUUCAGCCAGGGGUCACCGCCCGUCAGACACCCACCCCGGAUACGGCAGUCCUGAUAGGCCAGCUUCAGCCAGGGGUCACCGCCCAUCAGACACCCACCCCGGAUACGGCAGUCCUGAUAGGCCAGCUUCAGCCAGGGGUCACCGCCCGUCAGACACCCACCCUGGAUACGGCAGUCCAGAUAGGCCAGCUUCAGCCAGGGGUCACCGCUCGUCAGACACCCAUCCCGGAUACGGCAGUCCUGAUAGGCCAGCUUCAGCCUGGCAUGCAGAAUAAGGCCAUGGAGGUGAACACCCUUCAAACUCCAGGCAAGACGGAGAUGUGCAGGUUACGUAAGCGCCAGAGUGGGAUUGCGCUGUCACACACUUCUCAGACCUGCCCUCCAACAAACUUUCCGGUUCCAGCGAAGGGUGAGACUGGAUCACAGUUAACUCCCAGAUGCAGACCCGGUUUAUUUUUGACCCCCGUAAAAAAUGGGACGACCCAGUCCGCUGACCAAGCAGAGGCUCACAAUUACAAGAAACUGAACAAGCCAGUGAAACUGAAGCGGGUCCUGCAGACCCCCCCCGAUCCUCCAGCCGAAGUUUUUCGUCCCUCUUCCUGCAGCUCGAUGGGGAACCUCCAUCCAGUGAGUGCUGCUCAGCUGCUGGGUGAGAAGGAAAGCCAAGCGGACAGCAUUGGGCACAGAACCAGCACCUCACACUCGCUUAACAAGAGGAGCCUCCAAUCUCCAGAAGAGGGGCUUCAACCAGAGGAGCUGAGAACAUCAGCACAAGACAAGCCUGGGGAUUUGAACCGGAGAUGCCUGCAGGGUACAGGUCGGACCCCUACGCAAGCCAAGCUCACCGGCUCAGCACCCAGCCAGCCAGGCACAAGUCGGUCCCCGCUGAUCCGCUCACACACCAGCCCAGCAUUCUGCCUCACGCCUCCAUGCAGCAGAGCGAAAGGUCUGGGCAGGACGGAGGAGCUUCCUGGCAAGGCGGCACUGGGUGCCCGCGAGGAGGGGCCCGACUCCAGCAGCAGUGACGAUGAAGGCAAGCUGGUCAUUGAGCUGGAGUAAGACCCCCACACACCUGCAUACAGAACAUGGCCAUACUGCACACACAGGGAAGUAUACAUCCCCAUUCUUCCACAAACAGGCACUCAACCACUGAGCUUCAUUUUCUAAAAAGCAAUUCAUGCAUCUAGACUCAAAUAGAUUCAUCCAUCUAUCCAUUUUCAAUACGUGCCUAACCAGUUAGUCACCAUAAUCUACACCCUCUCCUUGGAAGUAUAGGGUGUAGCUGGACAUUUCCUAAUGAGAAUCCCAGUCCAUCACAGACUACACGGGUGGUGUAUCUCACCAGCAAAUAGCUAAAUUGCCUUUCUAUGCACCCUAUGUCUUCAGAGCUCUCUCAGAAGUUCUCCAGAAUCAAAUUGCUGCUUGUGAUGAGGGAUUUUCAUUCAUGCAUGCGCACACACACACACACACAAAUACACACACACACAGGAUUGUAAUUAUAUCUUUGUGGGGACUCUCCAUUCAUUCCUAUGGGGAAAAUUCUAAUCCCAUCAGGAUGACCUUAACCCCUACUGGCCCUAACCUUAACCAUAAGUAACCAAAUUAAAAGACUGUUGGCUAUUGUGGUUUAUUGCAUUCACAUAUUUUUGUAAAAUUUAAGUUAUCCUUGUGAGCAUUGAAAAAGUGUCCUCACAAGGUAAAUACUUCCAGGUUUUUAUAGCAUUGGGGCUGGUCCCCACAAUAUAAUUACAAAAAGGCACGCACACACACUGAGACACACACCUUGGCCACUGCUCACAGAUCAGCGGGAGGGACUCGCAGCUCCUAGGCAGUCAGCCUGUCCGACCGGCGUGGCAGUCAGAGCGCAAAGCUCCACCAGCUAACCAAUCAGCCACCAGCUCAUUAGCCAAGGGAGGACUAGAGCCCAGAGACCGCAGAGACUCAGCGGGUGACGGAAAUGGAAGCUGUUUCCUGAAUCCUCUCUGUCCUCUUUGUCAGUCAGCCAGUCCUGGGCUGGUUCGAUGUAUGCUGUGUACAAUGGAAUUCCAUUGUUUUGGCUACUGUUAGCUAUUUUUAGCUGUUUUGUUUCCCUUCUUUAAUAUAUCAGUAUGUAUAAAAACAUAUCCUUCUCGUCUUUUCAAUAAAUUCUUCAGGUUUUGUCAUACUUCCUGGGAGCCGACCUCAGGACAGGCUUUUAUUUGUAUAUGCCUUCCUUUCUAACUUGUAUUCCUGUAUUUCUAUUGCACUGACAAAUUCCGUUUCGGAAACUAUUUUGACAUCGCUGCCGUCCUUUUUGUCAAUUGAUUUGCUUUAUCUGUAGAUACAAAGGUGUAUAAAAUAAAGACAUAAAAAUACGCA